AUGGCUGUUGAUGCCGCACUUGGUGGGUCAUCUCUAACAUUUGCAUAUGCGGUUCUCAAAGAUUUAUGGGUGUACAUGAAGCACAGGAGAAGACACGUGAAAGAUUUACUCGACAAUCUUAAAUAUCUUGGAGAUGAAGCAGGUAUUCUUUAUGGCCGUUGGCAUGACAAUGAAGAAGAUAUCGAUCGUCGAGCAGCCUCCAUACAGAGAAGUCGACAACAUGAAGCGUGGAAGAAGGUAGUAUCCCGGUUGUUGGAUGAUUACAGUAAAAUAAUUGCGAAGUACAGAAAGAUGACAGGAGCAACUGGAAACCAAAGGCGCCAGGAAGCGGAAGCCCGAAAAGACAUACCACUUGCGGAUUUAACACGUCCAGUGAAGCCAAAAGCUGUUAUAAGAAUGGAAGAUGCUAAAGACCUAGAUGUUGUGCCUUCGCAUCAAAACAAACUUGCUGAACUCCUUCGUGAACUGCUGCCCUGUGGAGUUGAGGCAGAAGCAGAAGCAGAAGCAGAGGCAGAAGCAGAAGCAGAAGCAAAAGCAAAAUUGAAGAGGAUUGCUAUCUGUGGAGAAGCGCAAGUUGGAAAAACAAAUAUCAUGAAGAACUUGAAUAACUGGUUUGAUUCAUGCCCUCCUUCAGCGAAACUCGACUACGUCAUUUGGGUGACUGUUCCAACUAAUCUGCACGAGAAAAAGGAUGUCAUCAAAACCAUACAAGAGAGUAUUCUUCGGCGUUUGGAGUUAACUGAGCAGAUUAGUACAAUUGAUAAGAAUAAAGAUACAAUAUCUACAGAAUUACGUGAAAAAUCAUAUUUGCUGCUUUUUGAGGGGUUUUCUUCAUCAAUUCAGCUUGGGGAGAUUGGAGUCUUCGAAGAACAUAAGCACGGGAUAGUAGUGAUUGAAACUACAGAUCCAGUUUUGCUGAGGAGUUUUGGUUUCGACCAAAAAAUUAAAGUAGAGAAGUUACCACACAAUGAUUCGAGGAAAUUAUUUGAUAAGAUCAUGGAAGGUGAAAAACUAAGUAAAGAGUGCUAUGAUCUGGUUGGGCUGAUUCUUAAAGAGCUUGGCGGGCUUCCAGGGGUGAUCUCAUUCAUUGCGAUGUUGCUAAAAAGCAAAAUAGAUGUAGAAUUUUGGGGAACUAUAAAGGACAAAUUAACAGCAGAUGUUGGUGAAUCUGAAGAUCUGGGACUAGGAGGAUUAUUUAAGGCUUUUGAGAUAGCUUAUGAAGGCUUGAAAGAGGAUCGUUGCAAAAGUUGCCGACUUUAUGCAGCAUUGUUUCCGAAAGAAUUCACAAUUCCCAUUAAUGUUUUAGUCGAAUGUUGGAAAGCUGAAGAUUUUCUAUGCUGUCCUAUUCCUACAUUCCCUAAGGCGCGAGGAGAUGGAAUUUACGUACUGCAUAAGCUGACUGAGCUCUCUCUCUUAGAGAACUGUUCUGAACAGUACGUUAAGAUGCCAAUACUCUUCAGAAGAUUUGCAAUUCGUACAUCUUUCCCUGGGGAAGAAGUUGGAACAUCCUAUGUCAGGUCCGGCCCAGAGAUAGACGGACACCUAACAGAUGAAGAAUGGGAGAAGGCCAGAAGGGUGUCUUUGAUAGGAAGCAGAUUAGAGAAAUUACCUAUGAGCCCGAUAUGUAAGGGGAUAUCAACACUAUUUCUGCAACAUAACCCAAACUUGAGAAUCAUUGGGGAAACGUUCUUCACAAGUAUGAAGAAACUUCGAGUUUUGGACCUGCACAGCACCGGAAUACAAUUGUUGCCACCCUCUAUCUCCUCCUUGACUGCGCUUCGGAGUUUAUACCUCAACAAUUGUGAUGGCUUAACUAAGCUCCCACCUAAAAUAGUGAAACUCACGAAGCUCGAAGUUCUUGAUAUUUGA